CUCUUCUUCUCCUCCCUCUUCACCUCCCGUGCCGCAGCCCGCUCGCUCCCGCUCACUCCCGCACAGGCGCCGCCGCUCCCUCCUGCACCCGCUCACUCUCGCACCCCGCACCCGCACAGGCGCCGCCGUACCUGCGGCCCUCCGCCCUCUCUGUCUGCGAUGACUGGGUGGACUACCGCCGCCGCCCUACCCCAGGUGGUGAGGCCUUUGCCUACCUCUUCGCCGGCGAUGAGCGCCCACCAGGUUCAAACUGUAAAUGGUGGAGAUGAAAUAUAUAAUGAAGACCAACGGGCAAUAUACAAGUUAUUAUCUGAAAGAAUCAAAUCUGAAAAUGUCCCUGAAAAUAAGGAUGGAUCAGAUGACGAUGAUGAUGACGAUGAUGAAGAUGAGGAUGAAGAGGGUGGUGAUGACGACGAUGAUGCUGAAGAGGAUUUCUCCGGAGAAGAAGAUGGGGGUGACGACGAUGAUGAAGAUGAUGAUCCUGAGGCUAAUGGUGAAGGAGGGAGUGAUGACGACGAUGAUGAUGAGGAUGGUGAUGAUGAUGGCGAUGAUGAAGAUGAGGAUGACGAUGAGGAUGACGAUGAGGAGGAUGACGAAGAUGAGGAAGACCAGCCCCCUUCCAAGAAGAAGAAGUGAUUUGCUCUUCCAUGGAUUCACCUCAGCUUCUCCAUGCUGUUAGUUGGGUUGUUUAGAUCAUGGAACAGCUUUGGGACCAAUGUAGCUUGUUGCUUGUCGUGGUAUCGUAGUUUAGGAAAAUUUGACCUCUGAUGAAUCAUUAUCUUGUUUUCUUCACUGUGCAUGUAGUCUUAAAUUGUGUGUUCUCGAUUUUUACUUUGGAACUGUGAUUGCAUUCAAUUUUAUUCUGUUGCUCACCUCAGGCUUGGAUUGUAUGUGA